UCAUAUCACCAUAGAAACGUUCCGGAAGUACGCCUUCAAAUGAAAUACAUGCCCGGGCAGCGGAUAAAUGCCUCGAAGGAAAGCGGCCGGAUGAGAGCGGAUUCGCAUUCCUUCCGCAUUAAUGACAGGUGAAAAUCCUUUUCUCCUCAGGUGAUGUUGGUGGAGGAGGAGGAGGAAGAAGAGGAAGGGCCUGAGGGCCACAAUCCCUUUGUGGCUCUGCGGCUGGUGGCAGCUGCUUCCUGGCACGUGGUCAAGGAGCGCCAGGUCUGCGACUUCCCCCGGGUACUGGCCAUGCUGGAGGCCGUUGGAGAAGCCGCCCCGGAUUUGGUGCACUUCCGGCACCUGGCUAAAGUGCGCCUGGGCCUGCAGGCAAAGAUAAUCAUGACAAUGCUGCAGAAUGAGGAAUACUUUGGGCACAUCUACGGAGCUGUCGAUGCCUUCUUUCCGGAGCACAACUCUACUGUGACCCACCCCAAAGCUACUGCUGAAGAUUUGCAGCUGGUGCAAGCAGCUCAAAAUAAUUUCCGGGAUCUAGUGCUGAACUUGCUAAGUGACCAUGUGGAGCGAGACAAGUACGUGCAGGAGCACUUGGAAAACGAUUAUGGAGAAGCCUUUUCGAAUGUGGUGGAAGAGCUUUUUUGCGAUUAUCUGUGGCAGCUGGAAAGGACCCUUCCGAAGCCUGACUAUCAGAAGUUGUUGGAGGCUGUGCGUUCAUGGGGCCCCAGGAAUAACGCCCAGAUGAAUUCUGCAAUCCUCUCCCGCUAUUUCACCGUCAUGGGAUACCAACUCGUAGGGAUCACUGCACGCCUAUCCACGUCCAACCCGCCAAGCCCUGCACGCCACAGCGAAGGGGAGGUUGAAAUGGAAGAGCCCUCAACCCCUCCCGAACCAUGUCAGGCCCGCUCAAACCUGGGCAGGUCCGUAGUAGAGCCAAGUUGCUUCCAAUCUCCCCAGGAAAGUACUUUUACCCCGUCUUUCUCAACCCCGAGGGGGUGGGGACUCAAGGCGGCUUCACAACAGGGCAGUAAUUCAAGAUGGCCAAUGGCACCUUCUUUCCUCCUGUCCAGGGAUUCCCAGGAGCCCCAGUCAAGCAGCCAAGAAACAGGAAUCACUGAACGCCUAUCCACGUCAAGCCCGUCAAGCCCUCCAUGCCACAGCGUAGAGGAGGUUGAGAUGGAAGAGCCCUCAACCCCCCCUGAACCUUGUGAGGCCCCCUCACACCUGGGCAGGUCCGUAGUAGAGCCACGUUGCCUCCAGUGGCCCCAGGAAAGGGAUUCCCAGGAGCUCUACUCAAGCAGCCAAGAAACAGAUGAAAGUUUCGAUCUGGUGCUGGAUUCGAGCAGUGAGGGAUUGAGCUCUCCUUUCUGGAAGGGUGAAUACCAGUGCACCCGGCACAACACCCUCAUCCCCACCUUCCAGGAGCACCUCAGGGGCCCUGGGAGUCGGUGUGUUAGGUGCUCAGACUCACUCACCCAACCUGAAACCUGACCCACCUUCUCUUCUUUGUUCCUGAAACGCACAUAUCCUCCCAAUUCCUUCAAGUUUAUUUAAAGCUUUAUUCAAUAAACGUGGUUAAACCUUUUAA